GUGCGAUGUGUGAACGUGCUGUCAGGAGUACUGAGCAGUUUUCUGUGAGACAUUCAGCGGUGUUAAAAAAAGAAGACGUGACCCUCUUUGUUGUCGAUGUUUUCGCGGCUGUGACGAAUUAAGGGCAAAGAGAGCAGAGCAGCCGGUGUAUCCUGUGUCUGUCACAAACUCAAGCUCCCAGCUGCAGCACUGAGAAGUCACCUUUUAAAAGCCUGAGAACCGGCUCCUCUCCAUCCGUUCCCUUCCAACCUCUCUGUAAUUAUCCAUCUGCACAGCUGCGGGAAGCCGGCAGGUUGAAGGCCUGAGAAUCAGUGGGACAUGUCGACCCUGCGCUUUGGACAACAUCUCAUCAAGGCCUCGGCUGUGUUCCUGCGGACGGAGCUGUCCUUCGCUCUGGUCAACAGGAAGCCCGUGGUGCCCGGACAUGUGUUGGUUUGUCCUCUGAGACCGGUGGAGCGCUUCCGGGACCUUCAGCCCGACGAGGUGGCCGAUUUAUUCAGCACCACUCAGAGAGUCGCCGACCUGGUGGAGAAGCACUUCAACGCCACUUCGCUCACCAUCGCCAUCCAGGACGGCCCUGAAGCUGGACAAACUGUGAAGCAUGUCCACGUCCACGUGCUGCCCAGGAAGGCCGGGGACUUUGAGAGGAAUGACAGCGUCUAUGAUGAGCUGCAGAAGCAUGAUCGAGAAGAAGAGGACGUUCCCUCCAAGUGGAGAUCAGAGGAGGAAAUGGCUGCAGAAGCUUCAGACCUGAGGGAGCAGCUGGAGAAGUUCUAAAUGGACGAUGUUCAACAUUUCAUCUGCAGCGUGAGGACGACAUUAACACCAAACAUUAAUGCAUUAAGUUAUGUUCACUUGAAGAUAGUUUGGAUUCAUUUAUUGUUUUUGUUACCUAACAUUUUGAUUGAAUAAAAAGUGUUUGUUCACCACA